GCCCUGCAUUAAUUUGGUUGUGGAGUUUGGGACAGUCAUAGAACCCAGAAUCUAUCUUAUGUAUCUCCCUGUCUCUCUAGGCAGAACAGCCCAGGCCAACCAGAGGAAUCUUUUCCUUGUUCUUUUUCCUUUCUAGGGAAGGAGAUCUCAAUGGCUGCAAGUGCCUGUGUGAGUGGACAAGGAUCCAGUGCUGUGGGGCUCAGCCCAGACUCAGCACAGAGGCCAAGAUGUUUCUCAAAGCUAUGAUACUCUCUCUGGCUUUUGUGGCUAUUACCAAUCAGUGAAUGAAUGCAGCACCAUAUGGGACCAUAGAUUCUGGGCUGAGCUUGGAAUGGAGAGGAAGGACUGCUAAGCAAUCUUUUUAUGGAAAAGUGUGGGGAAGUUAGCACACAGACUGAUGACCUGAAGAAGAAGCUAGUGUCCUUUGCCAUGGAAUUGCCAUGCCUUGUGGUCCAGGACUCGGAAAAGCUCAAGCUGCAGGUCCGGAAGGAGCUGGAGGAGCUGAGGCUCCAGCUCCAGCCCAAUGCGGAAGAGGUCAGCCAGAAGAUGAAUGAGAACGUGCAGGCCCUGAAGCAGUGCCUGAAGCCUUGCACCCAUGAGCUCCAAAACAGCCUCAGUGAGACCGCAGAACAGCUCCGCCAGCAGCUGGCUCCCCUUUCCCAGCAGCUGGAGGCCACCAUGAAGGAGAACAUCAACAGCCUUCAGAUGGCCCUGGCCCCCUGCGCUUGUGAGUUCAAGGACAAGGUCAACCAGCAUGUGGACAGGAUGAGAUGUCAGCUCACCCCCUAUGCAGACCAGCUCCAGAACAAGAUUGACCAGCACAUUGCAGAGCUUCAGAAGACCCUCAUACCCUUUGCCAAGGGUGCCCAGGAGCAGCUCAAUCGCCAGAUCGAAUGUCUGGCCUUCCAGAUGAAAAAAAAAGUGGAUCAGCUGAGGACCAAGGUCUCAGAUAAUACAGAGGACCUGAAGCAAAAGCUGACACCCUUUGCUGAGGAGAUGAAGGGGAAGCUGCCCCAAAGCUCAAAGGAGCUGCACCAGUCCUUGACCAAGCUGAAUGUACAGGUGGACCAGCAGAUUGAAGAGUUCUGCAAGAAUAUGGGGCCCUUUGAGGAGAGCUUCAACAGGGCCUUGGUGCAGCAUCUGGAAGAACUCAAGCAGAAACUAGGGCUACCCCGCGCCUGUGUGGUGGAGGGCCACCUGAGCUUAUUAGAGAAGGAGCUGAGGGACAGAGUCAAUUCUUUCUUCUGCACCCUCAAGCAGACCCAGGAGGAGAUGCUCUCUUUCCCCAAGCCCUAGAACCUCAAUGUCUGAGCAGCCUUUCUCAGCUCUUCUUAGACCACCACUGCCCCCUGACUUCAGAUUCAGACUAGGUUCUCUGUCCAUCCAUCCACCAGUCUGCCCAGUCACUCCAAGUGUAGCCCUGCUGUGGUAAAAAGUAGCAUUCAUGGUCUUUGCUGAAUAAACGUUAAAAAAAAAAAAAGAACA